AUGUCACGCGAAAUGUCCCGUGCCAUGCAUAUAUGCACAUAUACAGAGGUGUGCACACAAACAUAUAAGGAACGUGCGUUAACAAUGAAUAAGUGGUCAACAUCAUUACCAUCGAUUAUCUCAUUGUGUAAUGAUGUACAAUUUGAAUUCGAUCCUGUGUUUAUACAACAAACAGGAACAGGAACACCGACUACAACAUCAAUGUCAUCAUCACAUAAAAAUCUAUAUAGUGGCAGUGGUUCUCUUAGUGAUUUAUCAAUACUUAUUCAAUCUCAACCAUCAUUUAUUAGCUAUGAUGAAUAUUUAAAUAAUUAUACUCAAUCAUCCAAACCACCUAUUUCGUUAUAUGAUACAUCUAUUGAACAUGCAACAACAAUACAAGCAGAUAUAUCAUCACAUGAACAAUUUGUAACUGAUGAUGAAUUACUUGAAUCAUUGGUUGCUUAUGCCGAUAGUUUUAAUUUGGUUUCUUCUGAUUAUUCAAUUCAAAAUACAAAACUACAAUUAACAACAAAAGUAACUCCAAUUCCAAAAGUACAAACAACACCAAUUCCAAAAAUAAAACCAACACCAAUUUCAACAGUACAAACAAACAUAAGACGAAGAACACAAUCGUCAACAGCUAAUUUAACAUCUAUGAUUGAAAAUGAUGCAUUAACACGACAUAGAAGUUGUGAUGAUAUAACAAUGGCAUGUUCUAUAACAAGUACUAGUAAACCAAUAACUGUUAUACCACGAGAAGAACUUAGGAAGAAAAAAAAAUUAACAAAAUUUGUACCAUCUGAAUCUCAUCCACAAUUUUUUUUUGCUAGAAAAACAGAUGAAAAUAAUCAUAAUCAUAAUCAUAAUAAUAUUUUUGAAAAACAUCAUGAAGAAAAACCAAUUGAAGAUGGUGCAACAACGACAGAUAUUUCAAAAUUUGAAUGGGGAUUUUCAUCAGAUACAAUGAACGAAUCAAACAAACCAUUAGGUGAAUCAUUUCAUAAUUAUGAAGCAACAACUAAUAUUGGUGAUAUUAAUUUAAAUUAUUUAAAAGAUCUUGAACGUUGUUCUUCUAUGGCUGCUUCAAUAGAUUUUACGCAUGAAUAUUCAACACCAAUUCCACCACCACCACCACCCGUUAUAAUACGAAAAAAAAGUAAAGAUAUUAUAUUAAAACAACAAGUUGAUAUACAAUUACUUCGUCCACCAACUCCUCCACCACCAGCUCCAAUUAUUAUUCGAGAAGUUCGUCAUAAACCUCCUUUGCCUCCUAGAUCAAUGACAAUACAUCAAAAACUAGAAAAUACUGGUCAAGUUCAAUUAUCUAGAACACCAUCACCUAUUGUAAUUCGUGAACGUCCACCACUUCCACCAAAAAAGGAUUAUCCAUCCAAACCAACUAUUUUUUAUCGUCAUUUACCAACUCCACCACCUUCACCACCAACAGUAAUUGUUGAACGUCUUCGACCACGUGUUUCAGCCGUCAUACAAAAACCAGCACCUAUUUUAGUUGAAAAAUGGUUACCAUAUCCACCUGAACAACAGCGUGAAAUAAUUUAUGAACGAGCAUCACCAUUACCAAUACGACAUAAACGUCAAGCUAAUGAACAUGCAAAAAAAAUUAUUGUCGAAUAUGAUGACGUUAAUAUUAUUGUUAAUAAAGAUGUAAAACAACGAUCAGAAAUAAAAUGUGUUAGACCCGAUCAAUAUGUUCAACAAUAUGGAAAUUCAUUGUAUUCGAAUGAAACUCUUAAUAAAUUAUUAACUGAUUUUACUUGUUCAUCGCAAGUGAAAAAUGAACAACCAAAUUUAUCACAUCAACGUUAUUACGAAAAUUAUUCACCGAUAUAUCAUUAA